UGUUCCGAUUGUCUAUCUUUAAAAACAAUAUGGCGAAUAAUUUUUAGGUGUGUAUAUUAGGAAAUAUUGAAGAAAACCAAGCGUAAUAAAGGUUUCUCUACGAAAUUACACAGUAAUAGGAGCCGUACUGUUUUCUACAAUGUCGGAUAGAAAAGCUGAGCUUGAGAGAAAGCGAAAGAAACUCGAGGAAAUACGUCGAAACAGAGAGGGAAGGCAAAAAAAAGAAGCUGGGAAAACUUCAAAGCCAAGUGAUGAGGGUCCCUCAUUAUACACCGAGUCAGAUUUGGAUCGUAAAAGACGUGAAGCUGAUGAGAUUUUAAAAGAUAUUGAUUUUGGUGGCAUUAAGUCUACAGUUACUUCGCAAAGCCCUCCACAAAAGGCCACCGCUUCUCAACAACAGAUAUCAACGGAUUCUCCAGUAAAAUCACCAUUAAAACCAGUACAAAAGUUAUCCAUGUCAACAUUAACACAAACUAACAUUCCUCCAAAAGAGACAGUAACCUAUAAUAAGGAGACCCAAACACCAGUAUUAGAGAAGACCACAGAGUCAGAUGAAGAACAGAAGAAGGGGGAAAAUGAUGUAGGUGAAAAAGAAAAAGAGGAAAUUAAGGAUCCUGUGAAAGAUGAAGUGGAAGAACAAAAGGAAAAAGCCCCAGUGAUUGUAGAAUUAUCUGAAGAACAGAAAGAAAAGAUUAUUUCAUCCCAAGCGUUUGCAAAUUUUCUUGAUCGGACAAGUCGUAUUAUUGAACGAGCAAUUUAUGAAAAAGAUGUCACAUUUGACUAUGGUAAAACAGAGGAUGGGGACGGGGACAGUCAGAGUUUUGCCAACAUUGCACUCAAUCGAGAAUUUUACGAUGAAAAAUGGACCAGGAAUCGCGUCGUCACAAGUUUAGAUUGGUCAACCCAGUAUCCGGAGUUAUUAGUUACUUCAUAUUAUAAAAAUGAAGAUGCUCCACGAGAGCCUGACGGUGUCGCCUUAAUAUGGAAUAUCAACUACAAGAAGACAACGCCUGAGUACACCUUUCAUUGUCAGUCUGGUGUGAUGACAACAAUGUUUGCUCGCUUUCAUCCCAAUUUGAUCGUGGGUGGAACCUACUCUGGCCAGAUCGUGCUAUGGGACAACCGCAGCAAUAAACAAACACCGGUUCAACGCACCCCGUUGUCCGCUAAAGCUCACACGCAUCCUGUCUACUGUGUAAAUGUCGUUGGUACUCAGAAUGCACAUAAUCUAAUCAGUGUUUCAACAAAUGGCCGAAUGUGUUCAUGGAGUUUGGAGAUGCUCUCUCAACCACAGGAUUUCAUCGAACUUCAAGACAAGCAAUCAAAGUCAGUUGCAGUCACCAGCAUGUCAUUUCUGUCUGGAGAUGUGAACAACUUUGUGGUUGGAAGUGAAGAUGGCAUGGUAUAUACUGCCUGCCGUCACGGAAGUAAAGCGGGAAUAAUAGACACGUUUGAAGGAGCUGCGGGACAUACCGGAACUCCGGGACAUCAAGGACCUAUUACUAGUGUUGACACACAUUCAGCAUAUGGACAGAUUGAUUUUUCCCACCUGUUUGUGACGUCAUCGUUUGACUGGACGGUAAAGCUGUGGAGUCAAAGGAGCAAAGCGCCUCUGUAUUCGUUUGAAGAUAGCGGUGACUAUGUGUAUGAUGUACAGUGGUCCCCUAUUCACCCUGCUGUGUUUGCAACUGUCAAUGGAUUAGGAAGGCUUGAUCUCUGGAAUCUUCACAACGAUACGGAGAUCCCCACCGCUAGCACAACGAUUGAAACGUCAGGAUCUUUAAAUCGCUGUCGUUGGACACAGAAUGGAAAUCAUAUUGCGGCUGGAGAUGAUGAUGGACAUGUUUAUUUCUUUAAUGUUGGUGAGCAAUUAGCCACACCUCGUUCGGACGAGUGGUCUCGUUUCCAACGCACUUUAUAUGACUUGGAAAGCAGCCAGAAUAGUAACCAAACAGUGGAUAUUGCCCCACCGCUUGCAAGACAUAUGUCUCCUUUGAAAGUCGCUCAUUGAUCUAUGAUUUAAAGGCUUGAUACUUCAUGUAGGUAAAUAUACGAAGGUGUCUCAGGAACAUGACGGAAUUGUCUGAUCCUUUCAGCACAUGGUGGUCAACUGCUUAAGUGGUUUCUGUAUGACAUAGCGGGAAUCUGCUUUCAUAUAGACUUAGCCACGCAAUAGAUACAUAGACCUAAAAUUUUCUGCGAAAAAAAAGUUGAACUCAACACAUACGGGUACUACCAUUUGUGUUUACAUACGAAACAUGAACUAUUUUAAGUUUAGUUUACGUUUUAAACAUUGCGAAUUUAAGAUUACAGUGUAUCCCAAAAAAGCAAAAGAGUGAUUUCAAUAGAGGGUACUUUUUGGGACACACAAAUUUAUUCAUUUUAACCUUAAACAAAAAGCAUGCAAAACCGUAUCGAACACAAGCUUGUCCUUCCUUUGUUUUGUAAACACUCGAGUGAAACUGAUGACUUUGAAACAAAUGAAUACGCUAAUGCACGUACGACACGUGCAAUAUCGAUCGAAAACAAGCAUGAAAUGUGCAUGUUUCAAGCUUGAAACGUUUGGUUUAGCGUGACUAAAUGCUUAUUAUUCAUGGUUAAAGGUAAUUAAAACAAUUAGUCAUGAUUCAUAAUGUUUAAAAGCUGCCAAACCUGCGAAGUGACGCUGCAAUUUCUACGAUAAAAAUAACGUAUAAUAUUCAGCCUUAAAAAGAAACUAUGACCAGCCGGCAAUUUAAAAAAGUACAG